CCUAGUGACAAUUGGAAAUGGAGUGUCAGACGUGUCCAUAACAAAUACAUGCAAAAUUUAGAUUUUUAUUUUCCGUAAUUCCUGUUAUGCUAUCUGCUGCACGAUAGUUCUUUAUUAGUUUUCGAUUAUGUUGGCUUUUCAAAAUCACCCAUUGCCACAAUAUACAAGUCUUAAUUAUGGAUGAGGAACAAAGCGAUCAUGAACUGGAGGGACGGAUGUAUGCUAUGAUUCAUCAUGUAGACCACUCGCUAGCAAACGUUCCUCAAACAAAUGAUGUCGACGGUAAAAUUCCAGUUCAUGUCGACAUUACUGCACGAACUACCAACACAGUUCGUCGUUACUGGCACUCAGAUACAGACCAGAACACUUCCUAUCGAAAAAACAACGCUACAUCCCUUAACAAUGCAAACAACACUGACAAAAAUAAUCAAAAAUCAAUAGAAAACUCUCAACCGAAAACCAAAUCACAGGAUGUAAAUCAGCCUAAAUCUGGAACGACUCAAUCAAAAUCGAGUAUGAUACCGAGUAACCAGAAUAUUUCAGUUACAAAAGAGGAGAAAAACAAUCUACCAACAUCAGAUUUAUCAAUGUUUCAGCAUCCUGUUCCAAACAAUCUUACUAAAACCAUUGAAAUAUUAGAAAAUGAUGAUUGUAAACCUGUUGAGCUUCAAUCAAGCGAUGAGGAUGAGGUUAUUGAAAUAGAACUGCCACCAAAACCCACAAUUACUAUUGAGAGUUCAGAUGAAGAUGAUGUUAAAGUUUCUUUUGAAUCACCUCAGAAAGAAAACAGGCCUAACAAUUUGUCAGAAAAAGUUGUUACAGAUAGAGGUGUGUCUGCUAGCCCUGUACCGUCAAUUGUCUCAUCUGUCUCUGAUGAGUUUAUACGUAGUGAUUGUAUUGCAUUAAAUAUAUCAUCCCGAAAUGCAAAUAAUCAGAGUUUUGAUUUUAGCCUACAUGGCUCUGACUUACUUGACCAAACACCAUCGAAGAAAAAAAAGAGAAAGAGAAACAAAGAUAGUGCCACCUCAACACCUAUUGCUGAUCAAUCAACCAUUACACCGAAUAAAAAUUCAUUAGAAAGUUGCUUCGCAACUCCAAAAAGUAAAGCCAAGAAAAAGAAGAAAUCCAAAGGAGAUAAACAGUCAAGCAAAAUUAUUCCAAUGGCAGAUCUAUGUGAUUCAGACAGCAAUCAAUCCAAUCAAAAUUCAUAUCUGGUAACGGAAAAGAGUUUACCUAGCAUUGAUGUUUAUGAAUCAGACUCAAAUCAAUCUGAACAGAAUGAAACGGGAAAGCCUAAUCAAAAAAUAUUGCACAAGGAAAUUGACACUUCAGACAGCAGUGCUGCGAAAAAAUCUGAUGAGUCCUGUACUUUAUCAAUACCUACAUAUGAUUCUGUUAUUGAUCUGACAGAAGCUGAACCUGUUAUAAAUGAAAGCAUUGUUAUGGCUAAUGUUAUGGGAUUCCCUGAUAAUGAUACAAUUGAUGUUAUUGAUGAUCAUAACAAACUGGGAUCAACAAAGAUACCUUCAAUAUUAUGUGAAGAUCUUGACUUUGAUAAUUUGAAGGGUAAAAAUAAUGUUAAUAAACAUCAUAGAUUCUCUUUGACAACACUCAGACAAGAAAUGGAGAAAUUUUACAAUGAGAGUUGGGGUGGAGAGAACUUUAACCAUAGGGAAAUACAGAAGAAUAUGUCACGUGACAAAAGCCUAUGGGUUAUUGACCCCAAGGACCGAAUGCCAGCUAUGGGGAAAAGGAAAACGACAUGCAACUAUUGUAACCGGGUUGGUCAUCGCGACGACACUUGCAGGUUGCGGCCUCCUGUGUGCUACAUGUGUGGGUCAGCUGGACACUAUGAAACAAGAUGCCCUCGGAAGAUUUGUGUUAAUUGCGGCUCGCCGAAUCACGUGUACUCGAAUAUGUGCCGCAACUGUUCCAAUUGGAACUACGUAAAGUGUUGCGAGUGCGGCCAAGUAGGACACCCGGCCAGCCACUGCCCUGACUUCUGGAGACGAUAUCACAACACGAUCGACUCGAACAUGCCACUUGAAGAAAAUCAUUUCAACAAAAAGCAUUACCAAAUGUACUGCAGCGGAUGCACCCGUCGCGGACAUCUCGUCCACAUGUGUCGAGUUUCGUUACCAUUUUCUGGUCUUCCUAUAAAUACACCGUAUGUGCACAAUUACCGACCAGUAUACCCUCCAACUGCGUCAGAGAAUAUCGAUCCCAAUAAACAAUCUGAUGACAGCACUCAGCAAAAUAAUUUAUCUUCAACUCCACGAACUGAGCGUCAAAAAAGGCAGUCGAAAUCUCCCGUCGUUCACGACAGCCACCUUAAUAAAAAAAGGAAGAACAGUUUUGCUGAAUCAAAUGAAGCUACAAGAUGUACAAAGAGCCCUUUGAAUAAAUCCUUGAAAAAUAACAAAGACCAGAUUCAGAAAACUCAUGAGAACGAUAUUGAAACAACCAAUCAAACAGAAGAAGAGAAACUCACAGUAAGUGCUGGCACUGAUCAUGACAAAGCACCUGAUUUUAUACCUAUAUUUUCAGCGAAUCACGACAAGAGAGGACAAGUUAUUCAAGACAAUGAAGUAUCUGAUACAAGUGAGGUUAUUACCUCAUCAAGAAUUUAUUUAGCUAAAGAUGUCAAGGAGGCUUUAACUACCGAUGAUGGUAAAAUGUGGCUGGAGGAAGCUGCUGUCAGAAAUAACAUAACUGUUGAAAAUAAUUCAGAUGAUAAUCUGUUUAUAAGUGUGAAAGGCACAGUAGGGAACCAAGAAGCUUUUCAAUCCGAAUUAAAAGAAUGGAGAGAUGUAAAUAAUAAAAAGGAAAAGAAUCAAUCCCUAUUUGAUACACCUACUAAUAAGCAACCAGACCUUUGUAAUGGUAUACCAAAAAACAGAAAUGAAUUAUUACGAAAGUUAACUAAAGCUUUAGAUUCACUUAAAAAUGAUAUAGGUGAUCCAAAUUUCUUAUACAAAGAGUUGCUGUACCAUCAGAAAAAGCACAAAGAUAUUUUAAAAAUGAAAGUCAUCAGUACUAAGCAGUUGGCGAAUAAUCGAAUUAAUAUAAAUGGAAUGCUUAGAAGGCUUAAUAUGAUAUUACUUGGUCAAGCUGGUCUGGCCGAUGGUGCUGAACAUUUGCACGAACUCCAUUUAUUACAAGAUAAACUUACAAACCUAAGAAAUAAAAAUGUGUCUAAGACUAUGCGUGACGAAAUAGGUGAACACUUUCACUGUAUAUUUACGGCCAUACCGAGAAAUGACUAUGCAGAUCUCCUUAACAAAUACUAUAUUAGUAAAUAUGGUUCAACAAUGUAUACGAAACAAAAUGAUCCUGUCAAAAUGAGCCCAAAGUUGAAAAAUAAAUCUGUUAAUUUGAAACGGAAAUUCCGAUUGGACGUUACCGCCGAAGUCAACUCUAAUUGUAAACCGUUGAAAGUACAGAAAGAAUUGAAAAAGUUGGACUCCUUUCGCCAAAGGUUACUUCAAACGAAAACAAGUGAUGCCGCCUUAAGAAAAAAACGGUUGAUGUUGAUGAAAAAACUUAUAGGAUGCAUGUCUGUACUGGAUCAAUGUAAUCAUUUGCCUCCUAAAAUCAAAAAGAGAAUUAUAAAAAUACAAGAUCAAGCACAGACAUUCUUUAUACUAUCGAAGUUAUAGAUUUAAGCACAUAAAUCGACAAUGUAUGCGCGUUAUGGCUACGCGCUUUUUGUAGGUACCGGGAAAGUAGCUAUAUGGCCCAUUUAGUGAUGGACCUGUUUAUGUUACACUUUCCCGAUUUGGUGUUAUUGCACCUAAAUAAUUGUGCAUACGAAAAAAAAUAAAGUUAGUGUAAAGCAUAA